UGCUUCAAGACAUUUAAAACAAAACUCAAAACAUAGAAUCAAUAUCAGCACGUAAAGCAAAACCUGAUAAAUACUCGUAUUUUUUACAUAUUGGGUAUCCUUGUUAGGCCUAUCUUAAUCAUAUUUUGAUUAAUUUUGACAGGUUUGGACAUCUUAUCCCUGGAAUGACGUCUGAAGAGCUGAGCUACAUGAGGAACGAUAAAAUGAAACUAUCUGGUGAAGCCAGGAGAAACAUAAUGAACAUGGCAGGUUUGGAUAUGCAGCAGAUACGAACUCUAUUCGAUGUAUUUUAUUCGGAAACAAGAUUGACCAAGAACUAUUUCGCCAGCUUAAUGCCGAUUGUUAGUAAACUAUCACCGAAUCAGUUGAAUAAGUUCAGCAUUAAAAAGUUCAGCUUCAAAGAGAUGAUGGGUGGCUCCAGUGUAAAAGAACUUCCUGGUCUAAUCCAACUUCUACAGAUGAGUAUUGCUUCUAAUGUCAUCAACCAAAACAAGAGCAUGGAUGUGUCAAAAUGGGGGGAUGAUGUGAAGUACUUGGGACCUCUAAUUGCCGCUCUACCACUGGAUGACUUCAAACUUUUAUCAGAUCACAAAUUCGAUGAGGUGUCCUUGUCGUUAUUCGAGUUUCCAGUCGUCAAUUUCGUACAGGCCUACUACCUAACAGGGAAAGGCAGUGCGUUCGAUUCGAUCAACCCGAAAAUCUUCACUCUGCUCCAUCACCUGGUGCAAGCACUGCCCUCGUCUGCAAUCAUCAACUACAAAUCACCGCAAGCGAGCAGUCGCAUUUGGACCGACAUUCUGUCCACUGUCACCGGAGACAAUCUGCCUCGAUUUGUUCUUCUCUACCAGCAUGUCGAGAGCAUGGGCAUGGAUGACUCAAAUGAAUCCCUACUGAGAAACGAAGACAACUAUGCCAUGUUGGGGUUACUUCCGUCAAGAAAUCUUGAGAAAAUUGCUAGUUAUCUUAGCAGAAAUCUCGAAAACUUCAAGAAUAUUAGAAUCAGCCUCUUGCCGAAAGUAUUGACGACACUCGUACUGAACUUCAACCGGUCUGGCCCGUGGACUUGGGAUAGUUUCAUGAGCAAACAAUACCUGAACUUGUUCUUGACUGGUAUCACUUGUUCCGAUGUAUACAACAUGGAGACAUCCGAUUUCCCCUUGAUUAUGGCCGAGUACAACAAGCAAAGAAUAGAAGCUGGCCAUGUAUUCCCGAAAGAGCUUCAAUCCUGCUGCCAGCAAAAGUUGAUGAAAUACUUGGAAAUGAAAUCUCGUCUUUUGCAAGAUGAACCCAAUGAAGGGUUGAUGGCACUCAUGGAACCUGGAGAGAUUGAGGCUGUGGGAGGAUACGUUCUGGCAACUCUACCUCCUAAAGCUAUCUCGUCUUCCAACUAUCGUUUCCAAAUUUUGAAGUUGAUUGGCCAGUUAUCAGCUCCUGAGAUUAUGAUUGGAAUAUCUGAGACUCAGAGAUCGGAAAUAAUCAACAUCUUUUUCGAUCAUCAUGGCCUGAACGAAGACUCGAGAACGCAAAUCGAUGAAACUCAUCUUUUCCACAUGGGAAACCUCUCUCUAUUUCUUCCUGAAGCCGCCAUCAGGAGGAUCAAACCAGAAGCUUUGAAACUUCUUCUAGAAAUCAGUUUUAUCGACAAGAGAGUUUGCACUGAUAAUAACACGCGGUACGAAUGGGCGAAUGUGAUUCGAUCAGCUUUUGGAGAACCCAGUGAAUGGAAGAGCGAACGGCUGACAAUAAUUGGAGACUUCAUGCUGGUGAUGAGUAACAGUGACAUGUCACAAAUCAAACAAGAAGCAUUGCAGCGUGCUGGAGCGUCCCUUUCUAACAACUUUGGAGAAAUGGUUGACUGGAUGCCCGAAAACACUGAGUAUUACAAGGCAUGCAUUUCUACAUUGAAGGAAGAAGAAAAAUCUCUCUACAUGAACGAUCUGAAAAAGUUUGUUCGUUUACAACUGAGGGCCGCCCAACUAGAGCUGAAUACAAUCAAAUCAGCCGCCCGAAUCAUCAAAGAAACCAUCUCUUCACCAAUUGUUCAACAACCAUUGGAACGUCCGGUCGAAUUCAAUUACUCUAUGGAAUUCCUGAAACCUCAACUGAAAUCAGGUGAAAAUAUCACGAAGAGUAACGCCAGGAAAUCUGAAAAUUUGAAGGAAGUUGUUGAAAAGGUUGAGAAUACUAGUAUGAAAUCUAUGAGGGAUGAACUAUUGUCAACCACUGUUCAGACUCCGAUCUCUACUCUGACAGUUGAAGAAAUUACAACUCCUCAUCCCACUGAAACAACUAAGCAGAUCAAGAUUUAUCCGAUAAAUUUUGAGAAAAAUCCGUCAAACUCUCAAAAGAAUUCCAAUGAGUCAAAGAGUGUAGAGAUGCGUGAGAGUGUGUUACAAGAAUCUGGAAAAAGUGAGAUGAGUUCGGAAGUGACAACCCAAGGUUUCACACCAGAAAUUGUUGAUAAGUCGGUGGAUAUUGUAGAAGCUUUUAAUAGCAGUAGUAAACUUAAUAAGGGCAGACGGAUUUCCAUAUCUGGGGGUCGUAGACUCAAAAAUACAACUUCCAAUAAUGAUGAAUCUAACGGUCAAGAAGGUAUAUCUACACCAGCACCAACAGAAGUUAACACUACUACUCAAGUGACAACUGAAAAUGCUACAACUGAAACAAUCUCGACUGUAAGUUCUACAACUCAAAAACCUGUUGAACAAAUUACACCUACAACCACUACUGAGAAACCAUCAGUAGGAGCUGGAUUACUGAGAGUGUUAUUCCCAGUUAACGUGUUUUGGGAUUCUGUUGAUACACUGAAUUCGCAUAAAUCCUCCGAGAAGAAUACUACCCAGAACGCAACGGUUGUUGAAUCGUCGGUGUCCAUGAACAGUUCUAUCAUUUUGAAUCCUGAGAAAAUCAUCGCUAAGGAAAACAGUUCUGAGACCUCAAUGCAGAAACGAUCUUCGGGUGAUGUCUACGAUAAGAGUGUGCAUCCUGAUAGUUUGAUCGGUGAAGAUGUCCCUCGGAAAUCUGGUGAAGUCAGUGAUGAUGUUGAUGAUGAUGAGGAUGAUGAGAAAUUCAGAAAGAGGAGGCAAGUUGUUGUUGAUUCGUCUGUUGGUGAGAAUUCUACUGGAGGAAGAGAGACUGUCCAAGAAGAUGUGAAGAUAUCCUGUGAUUCCAUGCGUAUUGUUGGUGAUAUAUCGAAGUUGGCAAUUGAAGAAUCGGAUUUGGAGAAACUCACAAAUAAGGAAAUCGAGAACUGUGUGGAUGUCUUCAGGAAAAUGGAAGUUCCUCUUGAUAUGAAGAAGAAAAUAAUGAAACGAAUCAGCAAGGAUGAUCUGAAUUUGCUUGGCUCUCUGUUAGAAGCAAUUCAAGUGGAAGAUUUGGAAAAAAUGCGCUUCAACUUCAAUGAACCAUGGGUUUUGGAAACGUUGUCUCAUUUCUCAUCAUUUCCUCCUGAAGAAAAAACUAUCACAUUCCUAUUGAAGAAAGUGAAAGAGCACAAUGCCAAGGUGAUAAGCGAGAAACAGAUUGGACCAGAGGUGCUGAUUUCAUUGAAGGGACUAAUUUGUCACAUGAGUAGGGAAGAUAGAAGGGCACUGUUGGCUAAACCACAAGAAACGAAACUGGCAACCGCAGUUUUGGGUCAGAUUGAUAACUGCUCCUCGGAAUGUCUCACGGAUUUGGCUGAGUUUGCUAAAAACUCAUUGAACCUGGGAGAUCCCAAAACGUACAUAGCUGAGGAUAUUCUGUCACUUGGAGUUAUUGCUGCCGGUCUGAAUACUGAGGAUUGGAAAAAUUUGUUGGAUCAUGAGAUCUCAGCUAUUUCAGAACUCCAUCCUUCAGCAGUGAAAUGUAUGUCCAAGGAGAAACUAGAGAUAAUACCAGAUGAUAUUUUCCAUUUGAUUCCAUACAAAACGUUGAGAUAUUUGGAGAGUGCAAAGUAUUCUGAUCUGAAAGACAAUCAAAAGACAACGCUUACUAAAAUACUCAACGAAACUAACACAUGGGAGGAGAAACUAUUGUCUAGGAGCAGUGGAGAUGGCUCCGAUUUGGAUCCAUCUCUUCGGGAAGCCAGCUACUCAACUAUUUAUAUCGCUAUCCUUCUAUUGAUUUUCAUUCUAGUGUGCGUUUACAUUUUCUGUAGGAUGAGGUCAUCACGGUGAAGUACAACUUCCAUUUCUCAAUUUCAAAUUGAAUUUCUAGAAAUAUUUCAGUUUUGAGUAAGCUGAAUCCAAGAAACAUUCCAAUUCUAGAAAUAGUUCAAUUUUAGAGUAAUAUAAACGCAGUAUUUUACAAUUAGCUAAAGUUUGGAAGCUUUAAUGUGUUUUGUGAAGAGGCAGGUAGGCUUUAUGUAUAGAAGCUUUAGGCUACAUAGAGAUGUCAGAGUAUUUUAUUAAUCAAGUUUGUUUGUAUAGAUUGUACAAUUUUAUCUUAGUAGAAUGAUUUCAGCAAUCAUUUUGCGAAUCUAAAAAAAGUGUUCAAGUUUGUUGGAGAAUAGAGUCUGAAAGAUAUAUUUGAAUAAAAUGUUAUUUAUUUUCUCAG